AUGCGAAGUUUCAAUGGUACCGGGAAUGCAUGGACCAUUCAGGUUGCAGAGAACGCCUUCAAGAGCGUACCUGACGACCAGUCUCAUUCGACGCUCCUAGCACAAGCAAAUGUCUCUACCGCUGCCUACGUGCAGCUAUGGCUCUUCUCAUUUCGUUUCAUAGAAAGCUUGACCGAUGUUAGACUCCCGGGCUCUAAACGUACUGACGAUGCCUAUGCAUAUAGAGAGACCCCGUCGGAGUCAGCUCAUCAACUUGCCAUCUUGGCAACGCAGUUGGGCUUUGAUUCGCCUCAGAUUCGCUCGCUUUUUAUGACCUCAACUAUAAAACCUAGUGCUCGAGCAUACUUAACCGGUCGUCGUCCUCAAGACUUAUAUGUCUAUCCUCCCCGCUGGGAGGAAGAAGCUCCAGAAAAAGUUGUCGAUCUCCUAAAGCUCCCUAAAAGGGAUGGAUAUGAAAUCGUCGUUCCGCCUUUUUCUAUCGACAGUGAGAGUCUCAUGGCAAACAAGCGGUGCGGACUACCACAGAGAGAAACACACUGCAACGACCGCCGGUUCCUAUUUGCUCUACAGGUGUAUAGUGCAGAACAGCUUCCGAAAAAGUACCCUACAUCGUUCGCCGUGCUGCGAGACAUCGUUUUCAGCUUCUUCGGCCGAAGAAUAUUACCUUCUCGAUCACAUCCUAUAUGGCGGAGGGUAGCAACUAAGCCGCAAUCUCCUCGUCAGAAUGAAAGUGACAUGGUCUCGUCACCAGUUGCAUGCGAUCCUCACCCUCCUGGGACUCCAGACAGAAAUGAACAUCCGGAACAGCAUCCUGACGCAGGACAUGAUAUGGCGUUGGAUAGUCCUAAUCCGGCCCAGGACUCUGUCAAGCAAGCACCAAUUGCGCCGGGUUUUGAAGAUGAGGCCUCCAUCGCGCCGCUGAAUCAACUCACACAUAUCUCGCACAGCCGAGGAGCCGAUGAAAUUCUGGAUGCCUGGGACGCAAGGCGUAACAAUGAUUUAACAGUGUUCUACUUCUUCAAGAAUCAUCAGUAUUGCAAAUUUCUGCGUAAGGACCCGGAGCUCCAUGAGCAACUUGGAAACUUCAUUGGCCAAUUCGAAAACAAUCAUUAUUUUGCUACCUUGCGCGGUCUAAUCAACUCAAGGGAUAUUAUACACCGUAUUGACGCUCUGCCCUUGGUUUUUGUGUAUACAGAGACCGAGCACGAUCAGCCACCUAUGGCAAAUCUUUGGGAAUACGUCCUUUCUUUUGACGCUAGAACUGGGAAGCGGAAGCAGGGAAAUAAGGAGGACUCUCCAUCAGCUAUGAGUACCAAAAGACGCAUGGGUGAUAACGGAGCUAGCGUGAACAGAGCUAGCGAUGAAGAAUCUGAGAUUUAAACAAGGGUUUACCAACAAAGGAAACAGAUCAGUUCAGAUGCGGUGCUAGCUAUAUCAAAGAAAGAUUAAAUCAUCAGUAUGCCAAAUAUUAGACUAAUUUCCUUCUUUUCCCUUCCUCGACCAUCUGCUCCUCUGGGGCAGUCUCUGACUCUUCAGGUCCCAAACUCCAAUGCCUUUUCCUUGUCACGCAAUUAGAGCGAGGUUCCUCGAUGGAGUGCACAUCAAAAAGAUGACGCCGAAAGUCUAGGACGCUGCCAUACUCCUUCCCAGAGCAACAGGGAUGAGGGCAAGUAACUGGGUUUCCUGACGGCAGCUGGGAGAGAUGCCCAUCAAUAUGAUUCAAGAGCGUGGCCUUAUUCAGCCAUUGAUUGAAACGCUGAUCCGGUCUCUUGUUGCCGUCCCCUAGACAGAAGGGGCAGAACCCAGGAGCUACAAGGGUGUAGCGAAACGUCAGCAGCCCGCACCGGGGUUUUAGAUUAGCUAAAUGAAGACCACAGUGUUGAUUCCAGUCUUCUUCACUGUAUGAUAGCUGCGCGCAUAAGUAGCAGAACUGCACGAAGUUUCGUUGGACACGACGGUGAGCUCUCUUGCCAUUCUUAUAGCACUGUUGAUAAGG